AUGAGCGGCCCGUAUGUCCCACCAGGACAAUCUCCCCCAUUCCAAGUGGUAGAUGAUUUGCAUCAUGGAGCUUGGAUUAUCAUCACUGGAGCUCUGGGCCUAGUCGUAUCUCUUGUCAGCUUCUUCAUCAGACUGUAUGUGCGAAUUGCUCUCCAUCCGCCGUUUGCAUAUGAUGAUUAUCUUCUCCUCGGAGCGACGGCAGCGCUCCUAUUCGACGCGGUAUCACAUGGUUUCGGGACAUCCAUUCAUCUUCUGGAACAAAAUCAAGUGGACAAAAUCCAAACAGUGCGUUUAGUCAGCGACAUUCUCUACCUAAUAACCGUCUACAUCUCCAAAUGCUGCGUCUGCGGUAUCUACCUCCGUCUUACGCCCCAGAAAUGCCAUAAUCGAGCCUCCCUAGCCACCCUCGCUCUAUGUACAGCAUGGGUCAUCCCAGCCGUUUUCAUCAUCGCGGUGAACUGCGAACUGAAUCGUCCAUGGAAAGGUUCUGGGGGCCAAUGUAUGAAUUUGCGCUGGCAAUUCAUCGUCGCGUUGGACAUAGCGACAGAAUUGAUCAUCUUCGGAUUAGCCGUCUUCCUACUUUGGGGACUAUUCAUGCCUCUUAAGCGCAAGCUGACUAUAGGGUUUGCAUUCAUGUUUCGGCUUCCCUUGAUAAUCUUCUCCGUCUUCCACAUAUACACCAUCCUACUCCUUGUUCACUCCCCGGAUCCCACACUAGCCGUCGUCACACCCGUCAUCUGGGCCCAGGUUGAACUCAACUAUGCUCUCGUGGCGUGCAGUAUCUUCUGCCUGCGGCCGUUUAUGGCGGCCGUGAGCACCAACUACGGGACGGCGGGUGACUCGAAUCUCGAGAGUACAAGUGGAGUGUCGCGGUCGUGGAAGGUUGAUUCGUCCAAAGCGGAGUCUGGGCGACAGACUAAUUUGAAUACUGGGAGGCGAUCGUGGAGGAUAUCGGGGAGAUUGGACGGGGUAGGGUAUAGUGGGCGUCAGGCAGGUCCUGUGGCUGAACAUACUAGUAUUGAACUUGUUGAGAUGGAUGGGCAGCGCAGUGUUGAAAGUGAUGGUGGGAGUGCAAGGAUGAUGAUCCGGAAGGAUGUGGAAUAUACGGUUGAGUAUGAUAGGCGUCGCGAUUUGAGUAUGUCUGGUGCUUAUUGGAGGUAG